UCACGCACACAAAGGUCCACUUCCCCAGCUCUCCUCCACUCUCUGAAAGAGAUCACUGGGUCCCCCAACCCCCACUCGAAUGGGCCCACGUCAACGAGGGAAGGCUUUAACAUCAAAACCCCCAAAACAUACAAGUUCAAUAAAUGGAAUAAGUCUGUAAUGGCUGGAUCUGAGCGGCAGAGACAAUGAAGAUAAAUGUAGAAAAUAUCAACACAUCCGCUCAAGUAAUCCCACUUAUCAAAGCAACUCUCAAUCCGUCGAACAAAUCAGAUCCGUCUCACAGCCUUACUUGUCGAAGCAAACCGCCUCAUUGGAAAAUCAAGGCUUCCGGCACCGGAGUUCGGUUAAGGAAGGAAGUCAGAUUACCAUCUGGGAAAAGGAACAGCCGCCCGGAGACACCUUUACUCAGAUGGAAGUUUGACGAAGAUAAGGACCCCGAUGCUUCUACUAUAGAGGAGAAAUCGUCAGCUGAAGUUCGACGGAAAAGUGACAGGAGAAUUAGGGUUAAUGGCUCGGCUAGGAAACUUGCUGCUGGACUCUGGCGGCUUCAGUUGCCGAAGUUUCAGAUUAACGGUGGCCAAAGGUUAGGUUUUCAGUCUGGAGGUGCUCGUGUUGGGAUAGUCCCUGUCGCCGUUCAUGGUCAUAUUAUUAGUAAAUCGCUUAACUCUCCUGAAAAGGAUCUGGUACAUAGUCUGCAUUCUGUGUCUGGCCAAAGAAACGGGCUUUCAUUUAAGUUUGAGCCUUCUUUUCAAUUUUCAAAUUCUGCAAUGGAGGGGGCUACAAAGUGGGAUCCUGUUGGCUGGAAGACAUUGGAUGAAAUAAAGAAGAUAUUUGGCCAGCCCAAACACUUUGACCAACAAGCAAGUGCUGCUCCAGUAAUAUCUGCACUUGAGGCAGAACUUGAGCAGGCUCGAGCUAGAAUCAAUGAACUUGAAACUGAGCGCCGGUCUUCGAAAAAGAAAGUCGAGCAUUUCUUGAGGAAACUCAGCGAGGAAAGGGCUACAUGGCGUAGCCGAGAACAUGAGAAAAUUCGUGCAAUUAUAGAUGCCAUAAAAGCUGACUUGAGCAGAGAGAAGAAAAACCGUCAAAGGCUGGAAAUAGUGAAUUCUAAGUUGCUCGAUGAGUUAGCUGAUGCCAAGUUAUCAGCUAAGCGCUAUGUGCAUGAUUAUGAGAAAGAGAGAAAGGCCAGAGAGUUGAUAGAGGAAGUCUGUGAUGAACUAGCCAAGGAAAUUGGAGAGGACAAAGCUGAAGUUGAAGCACUGAGAAGAGAAUCUAUGAAAUUCCAAGAGGAGGUGGAAGAAGAGAGGAAGAUGUUGCAGAUGGCCGAGGUCUGGCGUGAAGAACGAGUCCAGAUGAAGCUAGUUGAUGCAAAGGUGAUGCUCGAAGAGAAGUAUUCUCAGAUGAACAUGCUAAUAGCAGGACUGGAAUCGUUCCUAAAUUCUCAAAGUGCAAACCCAAACGCAGAGGAGAUGAAGAAGGCAGAGUUCCUUCGACAGGCUGCUGCCUCUGUGAAUAUACAAGACAUUCGGGAUCUCACUUAUGAACCCCCAAAUCUAGACGACAUGUUUUCUGUCUUUGAAGAUGUUAAUUUUAGCGAACCUAAUGAGAGGGAGAUCGAACCAUGUGUUCCGUACAGUUCAGCUAGCCACACCUCCAAGAUUCAUACAGUGAGUCCUGAAGUGAAUAUGUUCAAUAAAAAUAAUAAUGUGAAUAGACAUUCUAAUGCAUAUCUCGACCAGAGUGGUGAAUUAGAAGAAGACACAAGUGAAUGGGAAACGGUGAGCCGUCUUGAAGAUCAGGGUUCUAGUUAUUCCCCCGAUGGAAGUGAUCCCUCGAUCAAUAAAAAUUUUCGACCAAGUAAUGUUUUAAGAAGUGAAAAUGAGGGCGAGGAAACACCAAUCACUGAAAUUAGUGAAGUCUGCUUUAUGCCCGCACGGCAUCCGAAAAAGGUAUCUUCCAUAUCUAGGCUCUGGAGAUCAUGCCCGAAUAAUGGUGGUGACAAUUACAAGAUCAUUUCAGUUGAGGGAAUAAAUGGAAGGCUUUCAAACGGCAGGCUUUCUAAUGGGGCUACCAUGUCUUCAGAUUGUGGUUCGGUUAAAGAUGGGCUUAAUUCUCAGGAUUUGGUUGGACAAUGGAGCUCACCUGAAUCGGGGAACCCACAUAUAAUGCGAAGGAUGAAAGGGUGCAUUGAAUGGCCACAUAGCGCUCAGAAGAGUAGUUUGAAAGCAAAACUUUUGGAGGCGAGGAUGGAAAGUCAAAAAAUCCAGUUGCGCCAGGUCUUAAAGCAGAGGAUUUAAAAACAAAACAGCAAAUAUUGCACGCCUAGAGCCUGCGCAGCAGACUGACCAGCAAGCCAGGUUUCAAUCUCCAAACAUGAAAACGCUCCUAUUCUUCUUGCCAAACUACUUAUAUCUUGUGAAAAGCCCUUGAAUAGAUGCAGACGAUAAAUGUUGUGGAAUUGUGUUUUCUGGUUCUCCGUUCCUUCUUGUAACCAGGAUUGAGAAAGUUGCCGUUCCACAAUUUAAACAGAUCCAAAACAUGAUUGAGCGGAUAGGAAAAUCGACGUCAAGCUUUAUUUUUAUGCAUUCAGAUAAUUUAGCUUCCAUUUAUAGAUGAUCAGCUUAGUGUACUAUUUGUAAUUCCCUGUUUUACGGGUUAAUUAUCGGUGUCUCUGCUUCUGUGUAUUGUAGUCCUAAUUGCUCUUGAUUAUUUUAUUUUUCACAAAGAGAGUGAAAGUAAAGGAAGCUGGCCCGAUGGAGAACUGCAUUAUAAA